UAUCAAAAAGUGAUAAGAAAAUUCCGCAAAGUUACGUUCCAACAUUGCUUCUUUAACAUUUAUUUAAUUUAAGUUUCCUCUCCAUCAUCUUUAAAACCCUCUGCACACAUUCGAGGCUUUGCAGUUUAACGUCUUCGUGUUUUCCACUUCAGAGAUGGCCCAAAUCCUUCCAAUUGUAUUGACUUUAAUUGCCGUACCCCUGUCGAUGUUGAUGUGGGCUGGCAAUCUGGCAUUUUCUUUUAUAUCCUAUAGGGGAGAUAAUAAUGAAGUAAUACCACCAGUACGAUGGCUUGUAGCUACUUUGGUGCCAUUGAUUAUUGCAGCAUGGGGCUUAAAAAGAAAAAGUCUCAACAAAAGCGGAGCCUUUCUUGGUUUGUUCGUUGGUUUUAUAUUGACUUUGAGUAGCUGGGCUUUUCUCGGUUGCUUGUUAACAUUUUUUGUCACAUCAUCCAGAGCGACCAAAUUCCGAAGUAAACAAAAAGAAAAGAUGGAAGAAGAUUUCAAGGAGGGUGGGCAACGGAAUUGGGUGCAAGUACUGUGCAACAGUGGAAUGGCAGUGCAGCUUGCUUUGUUUUACAUUUUGGAUUCUGGUUGCGGUGAACGCCCGAUAAAUUUUGCUCAGGACUAUCGAGCUUCUUGGCUGUCGCUAGGUAUUCUUGGAGCCAUAGCUUGCAGUAAUGGAGACACCUGGGCUUCUGAGCUUGGUCCAGUACUAGGAUCUAGUCAACCAUUUCUCAUCACCUCAGGAAAAAGCGUCCCAAAAGGUACUAAUGGAGGAGUCUCUUGGCCAGGGCUACUAGCAAGUGCUGCAGGUGGUGCCAUUGUCGGAUUAGUGCAUUAUCUAUGCCUGAUUUACAUCUUGGACUCUGUAACAAUUGAGCGCAGCCCUCCGCAGUGGCCUUUAAUAUUAGCUGGAGUGUUCGGUGGUUUUGUCGGUAGUUUAGUAGAUUCAUUGCUUGGUGCAACACUCCAGUAUUCAGGGCUAAACAAAAAGACACAUGUUAUUGUUGAACGGCCUGGAAAAGAUGUCGUGCACAUAAGUGGAAGUCGAUUAUUAGAUAAUCAUAGUGUAAAUUUAUUGUCAAGCAUUAUCAUGGGCCUUUUAACACCAAGAAUAGCCAAUCUCUUUUGGCCUUGAGCGCUGCAUUGAAUGCUAUUACCAACAAUUUUGCCAUGGCUGGGUGUUACUGCUCAUCUCAGAAUUUACAUCACCUUGACUCCUAACUAAUUUUUUUAACGAACAAUAGAUUCAAAAAGUAGUAAGAAGUGUAGGUUUAUUCCCUAAUUUUAGUGACCUUCUUUGUAAAAAAAUUUAAGUUGAUUUAAAUGGACUUGCAAGAGGUUUUCAUUUUAUCUACCAACAAUUUUAUCUCUUAUAAUGAAACUGUUUCUUUCAGUAGAAGCUCUCACUUCAAUGUUCAUUUCAAUGUGGAACAGUAUUUAUGAUCAAUGUUUCCCUGAAGAGGGUGGCUCCUAAUUCACUUUUCAAUAGAUCAUACAUUUUUCGUCAGUUCUUUGUUCCAAAAAGAGGGGUCUAAAUGUCCAAGCAAAAUUAUAAUGAAACUAGCUUUUCUGUUGAAACCUAUCGAAAAAAUUCAAUUGAUGGCAAAUAACUGCACUGGUCUCUUUUGUUUUAUAAAUAGAUCUGAAAAUGAUUAGAGCAGAAAAGAUUUCUUCCUUUCAUUGCAUCUACGUAUAAGUAAGUAGGUUAACCAUUGCAAGUAGUGAAAGUUCAAAACGGACACGUUUCUAUUUUCAUUCCAACGAAACGAAAAAAAAAAUAUCGGAAAAAUCAAACAUACUUUUUACAUAUGUCUCGCCCAAGUCCUGAGGACUGUAAUCAAUAAUUUUCAUAUUGUUUUUCUUUCAUAUAUACCUGCUUACAUAAACCUUAUCGAAAAUUGUGUAAAUUUGUUUUCUUGUCCGUUAAAGAAUGUUUAGUUAGGUUAAAAUUUUAAACUUGUAGGAAAGAUAACAGUAGUAUAACUGUACAGUUAAAUAAUCUGUUCGUUAAACAUAGGCAAACUUAUACCUCUACUAUGACAGCUCUUCCCACUUUUGACAGAUUUAUUGAGUUUAAAAUAUGUGUUAUUCCGAGUACCUCCAGCAUGCGUAUCUUAUCAGCUGCUUUUCAGUAGAAUAUGUUGAAUUUAAAGUCAGAGAAAAUGAAUUUCAAGAAGAAUAUCAUCAGAAUGUGAUGCCCAGUAAUUUAAAACAUUAAAGUAAAAGCCUUACAUAAUACAAAGACUGAGCUCAAAACGUAUACCCCUAAAACUUUUGAAAAACUGUUUAGAUGUAAUAAUUAGUUUUAAUUGAUUUGUGAUUACAUAUUUAUUCGUCUUCUAAUUGUAAAUUGUUAGGUAAUGUGUUGAGUCGUUGUCUCUCUCACAUAAAUUAAUGCUUAGUGUUUAAAACUUUUAUUACUUUGUAUAAAUGUUAUCAUUAUUUUUUACUCUGUCACAACAUUAAAAUUUUUAUAUAUUUGUACAUAACUUUAGAAUGCUUUAAUUUGUGAUUUUAUACUUUAAAAGUUUUUUUGAAUAGGCCCUCUCUCUCUCAAAAACUGCUAAUCAA